GGACUCUCCAAGAACAGGCACCUGAAACGGGGGUCGUCCGUUGCUUUUGGUCGUGAUAUAUAUAAUCAGAAGAGAGACUGAUUCUACCACUGCUAUCCUUCUUCUCCAUAUCCCACUCACUGCAGUUCCUCUUAUUCGUCGCUUUAUCUCUAGUCGUAGAUCGACUCAGCGUAUACAAGGCGACCCACACAUUCUUUUACAGAUUCACAGCUUUGACAGCGCCGCUCCCCAUAAUUACUUUACGAAACUUCUCCACUCAACCUGACAUCCAUCAUGUCCCGCGUUACUAUCAAGGCGUUCCUCACCCUGGCGGUAUUCGCAUUGCCGUCUAUUGCCAUUCCCGUCAUUGAUGCUCAUGUGGAAGUACCCGCAAAACGAGUAGUCAAGCGAGGAUGCGGAGUUCGACCCUCAGUAUCAGCAGCGAGCCCAGUCUCGUCUACCGCAGCGCAAUCAAGCCAGAUCGGAGCAAACUUCGUCGGUUUCUCCGGAUCAGUCUCUCAUCACGCUGCAGCGAGCUCGACUUCGUUCCAAGUGGAGCAGACUGCCAUUGAAAUCCAUCAUCCUUCGUCGUUAGCUCCGCCUAUUCCCCCUCCUUCACCUGCACCUAGUCCACCCUCGUCUAGUGCCGAGCCUUCGUCGACAGCUUCCAGUCUUCCUCAACCUUCGAGCCCUGGCGGAGGAGGCGGAGGUAGUAAUGGUGCAGAUGACGGGUCCUCUGGUGAUGCGCAAAUCGACCAAUUCUUGAAUUUGCACAACACCUUCCGAGCGGAAUACGGGGCCGGCAAGGUCACAUGGAAUACCACUAUGGCGCAAUUCGCCGCGGACGCCGCCAACACAUGCAACUACGGACAUACCGGCGGACCUUACGGCGAGAACAUCGCAGCGGGUGUCGGAGGAGGAUACAACAUUACUUCGGCUUUUGACUCGUGGGCUAAUGAAGCUUCUCUGUACAAUUGGAACAGUCCUGGCUACCAGGAGAGCACUGGACAUUUCACUCAGAUCGUCUGGAAAGGCACCACCCAGAUCGGUUGCGCCAUGGCUUCCUGUGCCGACAACACCAUCUUUGACAAUUACGGACAGAACUCAUUGUAUGUUGUCUGCGAAUACGCUGCCGCUGGCAAUAUAGUCGGAAACAAUGGCGAAUACUUCAAGCUCAACGUUGGCAUCAAGAUCUAACGUCCGAGGCAUUCGCGGCAUUCGCGGCUGGACAGGAGUUACUUGCAUACAAUUAAGCUCCUGCCAUCUUCUUAUCCAUUCAAACCCUCACCCAGGCCAUGAAACGGAAGACGUUGAACAUUUGCCGUUUGGGGCUUUUUCUCGUAUCAGAUUCACUGUACUCCAUC